UGGACAGGACAUUGCCAAUCAGAAAACUGGAUCAAAGCCGGCUGUCGUAAAGAUACGGCAAGGGAGAUGGUUUUACUGUUUAGUGAUCGAAAUCCAGGCUCUACAGUCAAGAUAAACUGGAGUCAUUGGAAACCUUAUCUCAUCAGGUAAAGAAUGCAUAGGUCACCGGCAAUUAGUUUAUUAUGUCGGUAAUAAACAGAGUCUUAGAAGGAGUGGAUAUUUGGAGGAGCCAAAAUUUGUAGGAACGCUUGCCUCCCAGUGCCAGGUUUAGCUUGGUUUCGUCUUUAGGACCUGUUAAGACCCAGCUGUUUCUUAAACGUUUCCAGAGCCUUGUUUUAAAUGCUAGAUCUAAGGUAUAGUAGAGCGGGUCUAAGCUCAAAACCCUAAUCUAUUGUGUUUCCUUUCUUAACUCUUUUAUUGCAUGAACUCCAUGCCCACUGAUAUCUCGAUCUUGACUGCAAAUGCGGCAAAAGAAAACUUUGCAGGACCGUUAACUAAUUGAACUUUCGAGAAACGGGGUUGAAUUGAAAGACUACAAAUAAUAAAAGAAGCCAAAGAAACCGGCUAACCGUCCUUACUUUUUUCAAUUCAAUGAUAACAUAAACAUGGAAAUCCCCAUUGGUGAAAGAAUGUCGAAACACUGUCGUCUCAAUCUUGACUUCUUCUACUAAAUGAGGACCUCGUGACGAGGUUCGCCUCACGAAAUUCUGUUCAGGGCCAGCACCGCAGCGGGGAGAUGGGAUAACAAUAUACCCCGACAUGUGUGAGGGCCUGGGUAGCAUUUCUCGCACUUUUAAAACACUACGUAAAUUAUUUUCUCAAUAUUUUAUUCUAGCUUGGCUUGUCGCUGCGCAACUGAAGCCAAGCGUCAAAACCUUCAGUGGUUUGCUUUACAGUAUUAUGGAGAGUGUUGGGGAAGCAGCGAGUCUUUAAAAGAACUCUUUCCAAGGUGCAUUAUCACUUUUUACUCAACUUGCAUGAUACGCUGGAAAGUCGGCAUUUUCGACUUCAGUAUACGUAACUGUUUAAUCAAUAAACAGAAGGGUGUACAAUGUAAGGUAACCAAGUCAGUCGGUUAAAUACAGUCUUCAUUAAUGGGGUCAAUUAAUGUUAAUCAAUAUUUGUAUAAUUGCUCAGGUGAUUAAAGAAAUACGCGCGCUCUGAUUGGUCGAGGAUUGCGUCAUAUAUCGCUAUGAUCAUUUCGCGAAAGGUGAUUUUAACAGGGGCGCUAACUUUAAAAACGGCUGCCCUGCGUUUUUGCAAAGUUUCCGAGGAGGUGAUAAACGCAAUAGAAGAAAAUUCAAUUGCAAAAAGCACAAAAGAUUUUACCGAGUUUAGCAGAACACUUUUGAAAAGGAAGAUAUGGAGUUUUCACUGAUUGAAUUAUAUAAAAUCGCCUUGUUCUUAUCUCGGUUUCUGCUUUGUAUACAGGUACCCCAUAGAUUCGGAGGACAGAUGUGUUGGUGAAUCUUUCAAGCCUUGCAAAGAAGAGGAUCCUAAGUCAAUGUGCGUUGGACGUGCAUUUAGGGUUUACUUCUACGAAUUCAAAAAACAGCCGGGGAAGCAAGUAUCACAUCAGGGAAUAGCCAGUGGAGGAGGAUAUGGUAUUUUUCUCCUUAUUGUGUGAGCCUUAGGGACGCUGUAGUUUCCAAAUCUUAGGUACAUGACGAAGAGGAAAGGUCACCGACUGAGUGUCUUUGGGUGUUACCCUUUCACAGAAUUAUACAGAGAUCAAAAGGAGAUUUAGCUCUCAUACCCCGAGGAUAAGGACGUUUUCUACGUCGCUGCGCACAAAAUUGGCUUCCAUUAUCACCGUAGGUCAUACAAAAUAUUUCACAAAACGAAAAACCCAAUAAACACUGAUCCCUUAGAUUAUUCCCAAUUUCUUGUUCCAGGCUGCCGGAGAGCCGUGGAUGUUGCCUUUGUGAUCGAUACGUCCGGGAGUGUAACACAGGCCAAUUUCAACAGGAUUAUUCAAUUCCUUAAGCUGUUUGUGGAUCGCUUUGACUUCCCUGACAGCGGCACUAGGUCAGUGUCAGCGAGAUAAGUUUUAAGUAAAUGAGCUCGAAUGGGGUGGAAUCUGCUCCAAAAUUUUGAGUGCGCUGAAGAUUUGCUUGAAAGAACCACAGAUUUUUCGGAAACCGCAUGAGUGAUGCUUUUAAGGACACCUGGACUGAGUAAAAGUUUUCCCACGCCAAAUAGGUAUGGGGAAAACCAAAACGUGAACAGUGAAAGAGAUUAUAAAUGGCCCACGAGAGAUAAGAUUUGAUUCGUCUACAAACCGUGACCUAGUUGUUUCAGAGUAAUACCAUGUUAUUUGUGCACUGAACCGAGAGGCCGCCCAUCUCAAGUCACGUGAAAUGGCUAGUCCGUCCUGGUACUCUCUCUGGAUAGUGGAUAGUGUACUGGACCAAACUCUCUCCCCCCCAGGCUUCCCUGACAGUUUGACGGAACCCACCUAUACCCUUGGGAGGUGAAUGGCACUGUGAGAGUGCGGUGUCUUGCCGAAGAGCUCAACAAAAUGACCCACACCCAGGGUUUGAACCUAGAAUGUUCUUUCCAAACUCUUUUUAGCGAAUCAAACACCUGGCCAUUACGUCUCCGGCUCUGUUCUCACACGCUAUUCACACUAAUUUUCUAUUUUUGUUGAAGAUUCGCCCUUUUGAGGUACGAUCAUCAUGUGUGCAUCGACCUAACUUUAGAAGACUCUGUUUUGUACUCCUUACACGGGGUCAAAAACAAGGUUGGUGAGAUGCGAUACACUGGAGGUUCUACACUCACGCACCUGGCUUUGAAGGAGGUGAAAGAUAAGAUAUUUAAGGGGGCUCCCAGACAUGGUGUGCCCAGGACAUGUAUCCUUAUGACUGAUGGAAUAACGCACGGAGGAAGCCUGGCAGUCAAACAACCCUCUUCAUAUCUGAGGGUAGGUUUAUCAACAAUGCGAGUUCCUCUUCACAUUCUAUUGUAGGCUAUGUUGUCACGGCUAUUUGUAAACUUCACGCUAUUUGUCAUAUUGUAAUAAUUUAAGCAUUACUCUUUGCCUCUUGAACAGUCCUUGAUUUCCCUUUCGUCAGUUUCUAAAUAUCAGGGGUUGUGUUGACAACAAAAUUUAAGUUAUAAUUCUGGCAAGCACGUUAACUCAUGCUAUUUCAGAUAUUUUUUUCAUGACAUACACCUAGUUCUAUUUCAUUCCUUUUGUCAUGCAACAUUAUUGUACAUGUGAUCAGAACAGUUAUGUUAUUGGCUUUCUUUAGGUCAUCAACUUGAUAAAUAAAAGGUUUCGUUCACCACAUUUUCAUAACCAGCUGUAAAGGGGACUUCUGCAUAGCACUUAAGCACUUGUGUGUAUACGAGUCUGUCCAAGCCACAUGUGUGUGACUCCUUCCAAACAAAUUUAUCCAUUUCUCGUUCAUGUUUUCUGUCUACAGACCUUAGGUGUUCAUAUCAUAGCAAUUGGUGUCGGUAGCGAUGUAGAUUCUCGUGAGCUUGCAUACAUUGCGGAAAAGAACGUGAUCCUUUUGACUUCAUUUGAUGAAGUACUGGCAAAGGCGCACCAGACAAUUGAACAGCUCGUCCGCGGAACUUGUGGGACUGGGCACUAG